AGCACCAGGCUAGUAGCCUUUUUUGAGCAUCUGUAUCUGCCUGGGAAUGUUAUAAGCAAUAAAUGGUUUAGGGUGAGGGAAGGAGCUCAUCCAAGAAACAACUACAUUUAGUGUGACUAGCGGAUAAAAAUAACACAGUUAGUUAGCAUUAAUAGAGUUCUUUCUAUGUACUAGCCCAGUGUUGAUUGGGUAAUCACACUUAAUCCAGCCCCGUGAGAUAGAUUCUAUAAUUAUAUCCACAUUUCAGAUGAGGAAACUGGGACUGGGAAAACUUUAGCACAUUGCUGUAGGGCAGUGCAGACCUACAGGACUUGCCAUGAUAACAGAGGUAUUCUGUGUCUGCAUUGUCCAGUGUUAGUUGCCACCAGCCACAUGUAGCUAUUGAGCACUUUAAAUAUGGCCAGCAUGACUGAGGAGCCAAGUGUUUCAUUUGAUUUCAUUUUAAUUGCCAUUCAUUUUAAUAGUACCUCUGGCAAGUACCCUACCCUGUUGAAUGCCAGGCUCUAGAAACACGGGACCUGUUGGAGGCUGGAGUCAUGCCCUGACGCACCAUCUCCAGGUUUCCCAGAAAGAUACUCCUAAGCGUUGCAUUGUCCCAUCCCCUUUCCAGCUACUCUGAGAGGGUUUGGGUGUAAGAUACAUUUGUGCUCCUGAGCUCAUGGGGCGGGGACUGCCCAGGUCCUCUGUGGCUGGAACAGACAAGGCUUUUUCUGCUUCCUCUUUUGACUCCCUGCCUCCAUCCUGGCCAUGGUCCGUUUAUUUGGCCAACUGCCUGGUGUGCUGCACACACUCUACUCACUCCCACAGUGGGCUCUACAGGAGGCUUUCCAGGUGCUGUCAGGAAGAGAGUGAUGUGGGGGGCCCCAUCCUGCUGCCUGCAGCGCUCCCCUCAGGCACAGGUCUCAUGUGCUUGAGCCCAGCAAAGACCUUCACGUUUAGCUGGCCAUGGUUUUCUUGUCUGUAAAGUGAGGCUCAUCCUGACUCAUGGGCUAAAUAGUAAGAAUUGUGAGACUCAAGCUAGGGGUGAGUCAGCCACAGACAUUUGGGCUAAGGGAUAUGGUGCUUCAAGGCUUAUUCUGGUCCCACUCAUAUGAUCAACCCUAUCACAAGAGGUUGUUUAUUAGGGGUCAUGAAUACAAAAGAAAAGGAAGAAAGUCACACCACCUACCCCUGCCCCACUCUCCUGCUCUGGGUUCCAGGCCACCUGUAGCAUAGUUGCGGGUUCUCUCUGGCAGUGGCAGUGGGUGCCAAUGGAGGGAACAUUGGAAUGCCGCACGGCGCCUGUUGUCCAUCCUACUGGGGGUCUGGGAGACACUUGAGAAAGCAGGGUAGUGUGGGCCACUUCACCAGAUCCAGCCCUCCCUCCCCACUCUGUCUGCCCCGAGCAGGUGUACCCUCUGCACAGACUCUUCACGGAUGUUAUCCGGAGUGGAAUUUAUCACUCACAGCCUGUCAUCCAAAUGGGGACCUAAUGUAUUGUGGGUGCAAACACUUCCUCUAGCCUGGAGCACCUUAGUGUAAUCAUAUGUGGGAAAUCUCAACACUUGCCUGGCUAGGCCAGGCUGACCGUGUGACAGUCUCUCUGAUGCUUCAUGCAUUUUAAACCUGAACCAUUCUCAGCACAGUUGUCCUUCCUGUCCUGAGGAAACAGUCAUCUCAGCGUCCUGUGGGAACCCCCACAUCCCUGUGGCCUGUGCCCUCUUUCUCCUCACUUUUCCAUGGUGGGGUCAUGGCAGUAACCAUUUGCUCAUAUGCCCUCCUCUGCCAAAAGCAUGGGGAGCCGCCCUUGGCCUUCAGGGUAAAAGCCACACACCUUCAGCUGCUCUCUGUCUCCUGGAUCCAUGGGGCCAGCAGAGGCCUGAGGAUGCCCUGAGAGUGGCCUGAGCAGCAAGAGGCAUCUUCUGUCACACAGUGAUGCCUACUUCUUUCUUCUUCACUCAGAUGUGUCACCAGACAGUUGAGCUAUGGGCCUCCAUGCACCUGUGUUUUUUGACUCAGAACAUCUGUUUGCGGAGGUUCUUCUGCCUGGACUGCUUUUCCUUUCCCCCCGCCCCUGCUUCAACCAAAUGCUAAUACCACUUCUUCUGUCAGUUCCCUUUUUCCCUGAGCAAAAACUCAUCUCAAGCCCUCUGUGCUUCUGUGACCAUCUUAUCUGCCCCUCUUGUGUCGCCUUGUCACUCAUUCCUGCUGCUUUUCAAGUCGCCUGUGUAUCUGGCUUGUCUUUCCUGCCAGCCAAAGGCCCCUGAGGACACGACUGCCUUUUUCAGUCCUUAGCCUUUGGAGCCACUCACGGAGGCCCUCUAGGAUGGUGGGGACUGUGUGUACCGCAGUGAGUGGGCAUGAGGCAGUAGUGGGCUCAGAGAGACGCAGAAGCUCCAGGCUCUGGGAGCAGUCUGGGUAACACACAGAGUCUGGGCAGGACACACAACUGCAAAGGGCAAAGAGUCUGUGCCGAGGAGUGGAGUUCGGGGUGACAGAAGAGACCAUGGAGCCUCGGCCUUCAAAGUGUGAUCCUCUGACUAGCAUCCUUUUGGCAUGUAUUAGAAAUCCAGACUAUCAGCCCCAGCCCUGACCUAGGGAAUGUCAAAAUCUAGGAAUGAGUCCCAAACGUCUAUGGGCUAAGGAUAGCCUUCCGCGUGAUUCCAGUACACAGUAAAGUCUGAAAACCACCACCAGGGAGUUAAGAGACCUGGGUGAAGAUGAGAAGCCCUUUGGUGCAAUUCGGAAGCACAUGGACUAUGAAGUCAGCCCUCAGUCCAAAGCCCUGCACUGAGGUAGAAUGGUCAAGUGCGUGGAACUCAGUGAAACCAUCUCUUGCGGUUGUUCUCCUUGAGAAUUGGCAGUGCUCCCUCAGCUUUCAUAUGCAUAAGAAUCACCUGGGUGCUUUUGAAAAUUUCAGAAAGUCUAAUUCCGUGGGCCAGAUAAGGCUCAGGAAUCUGUACGUCAAAGAAGUUUCCAGCUGGACCUGAUGUGGGUAGUUCAAGGAUCAUUCUGAUAGUCCUGAUGUAAAGGCCUGAGUGACACCUUUCAUCGGCUAGAUACUGGCAGGUGCCUACAGCUAUCUCUAUGGUGGGAACAUGGGAGGGGACAUUGAAGACAGUUGGGAUGUUGGGGCCAACAGGGUGUGCUUGUUAGUCCGGGGAGGGACAGUUCUCUGAUUCAUGGGUUCCCUAAUGGCGGUAUAUUCUUUUUGUGUGUGUGUGGUACCGGGGAUUGAACCUGGGUCCUUGCACUUGCAAGGCAGGCAGUGGAACCACUGAGCUAAAUCCCCAGCCCUUGGCAGUAUAUUCUUUAAGCCGGUUUGACCAGGGAGCAGUGUGGAAAGGGCAGAUAGGUUCUUCACGGAGUGGGGGACAGCUAUGGAGGAGUAGUCUUUACAUGGUAUAGGUUUUGGGGUACCUGCUCCCUACUUCCUGGAUGGCGUGACUACUUCUAUAGUGUGAGUCAGGCUUGUGGGUGGAGCAGGGCAGGAAUGUUAGAGACUGGCUAUAAAAAUGGUUUUGACAGUGGGACAGUGACAAGUAGGUGGCACCAGAGCCUGGUCCCCCAUCAACCUUCUUGAACAAAGUUCGGGGGUGUGGCAGGGUCUUGUCUCAAGGAGGCCUAGUUCUGCCACUGUGGCACUUGAGCCUCUUGCCUGGCUGCGUUGACAGUUCCUGUCUCCCAGGGGCUUGAGGACUUGGGCUGCUGGGUGACUGGAUGCUUCUGGGGUGCUGUUCCCCCCAGCCACCACCAGGGGUCUCUGAGCCCACCCCACCCCAACCUGGCCAAUCCUGUGCUCCAGAGCCACUGUCCAGCUUGGAGGUGACCCUGGAGUAGGCAUCCCUGCUCUUUGGGGGCGACCUCAGAGUCAGCUGGGGGCCAAGCCUCCAGCACCAAGUGCCCUGAUGCCCUCCCCACCCCAGCCUCAAGACAGCCAGCCCAAAUGGAGGGCCCCUCCUCUGGCUGGUCCCAGCCACUCCUUCCUGGGCAAUGCUGGGAAACACAGGUCAUAGCUUGAGAAUGUGGCCCCGGGUGGGGGUGAGAGGGUAGGAGGAAGGAGAAGGACAUGUGACCCCUGCUUAACAACCCCUUCCCCAGCCCAGAUGCAAAUGGGUGCCAGUUAAUGGGGUGCUGGUGAAGCAGCCCUCACGGUCCUCAUCAUUGACCCUGGUGGGGCUCAUGGUUGGAGGGCAGAUUGCCAGCAGGUGCCCCACAGAACUUUUGGGAGGGUUAAGCAUAGGCUCAUGUCCUGGGCUGGCUGCUGGGCCAGACCUGCUAUGGCAGAACUCAGUUGGCAGAGGGGGACUCUGGGCCCCCUUAGGUCGAGGGGGCAUCUCUGGGAGAAGAACAAAGGUUCUGAUGGGUCUCUGUUUGCAGGGCCAGAUAAAGCAGGCUGUGACCUGACUCUGUAGUAUUUUGGACCAUUCAGUGCAUUGCCAGGUUGGGAUCUUGGUGGUUUGGUCAGGAUAAGGCGCAGGUAGGGGCAUUUGCCAUUGGCACCUCCUUUGGUGGACUUGUUGACCCUGAUGGGUCAGGCAAGAGUCUUGGAUACUGCAGUGCAGUGCCAGCCCACCCCUAUCUUCCUCUGGGGCCAAAGGACCUGGAGUCAAGGCCCCUCGGAGGGGCUCUGCUCUUGUCGGUGUCAGAACUGUAAGGAGAGAAAAGGCAGACUGCUGUUGGGGAAUGAGCUAAAUUCAGCUAGGCUGGGCUCUGCCCCUCCCUCGCUCCCCCUCUGCUCCUACCGGCUGCCUGUGGUCUCAGCAGGCACCACCUUCCCAGCCAGCCCAGCGCCUGCCUGCCUGCCUGCCUGCCUGCCUGCCUGCCUGUCUGCUUGCCACCCAGCCUCUAGCUGGCCACCUCCACCUUCCCCUUCCCCUUCCCCCUCCUGGGCUCCUUCCCCUCCCCCAGGGCCAGCUCAGUGCUGGGCCUCAGCUGGAUCAGUGAGUGAGUGGGGCUGGGCAGGCUGGGCUCGUGCUCCUGGGGGAGCCAAGGCAGGGUGGGCAGUGGGCAGGCAGCAGGAGGGCCUGGUGCCAGGGCAGAGCCUUCAGGAAGGUGCAGGCUGGGGUCCAUGUGCAGAGUCUCAGGGUGGGUCCACAUCCCCUUUCAGCAGCCCCAUCACCUCCGAUGAGGAGUAUCUGAGCCCCCCAGAGGAGUUUCCAGAACCUGGGGAGACCUGGCCCCGAACCCCCACCAUGAAGCUCAGUCCCAGCCAGAACCACCAUUCUUCUGACACUGGCUCCAAGGCGCCCCCCACCUUCAAGGUCUCACUUAUGGAUCAGUCAGUAAGAGAAGGCCAAGAUGUCAUCAUGAGCAUUCGUGUGCAGGGGGAACCCAAACCUGUGGUCUCCUGGCUGAGAAAUCGCCAGCCCGUGCGGCCAGAUCAGCGGCGCUUUGCGGAGGAGGCGGAGGGUGGGUUGUGCCAGCUUCGGAUCCUGGCAGCUGAGCGCGGCGAUGCUGGCUUCUACACCUGCAAAGCAGUCAACGAGUAUGGCGCUCGGCAGUGCGAGGCCCGCCUGGAGGUCAGAGCACACCCUGAAAGCCGCUCCCUGGCCGUGCUGGCCCCCCUGCAGGACGUGGACGUAGGGGCCGGGCAGAUGGCGCUGUUUGAGUGCCUGGUGGCAGGCCCUGCCGACGUGGAGGUGGACUGGCUGUGCCGUGGCCGCCUGUUGCAGCCAGCGCUGUUCAAAUGCAAGAUGCAUUUUGAUGGCUGCAAAUGCAAGCUGCUGCUCACCUCUGUGCAUGAGGACGACAGUGGCGUCUACACCUGUAAGCUCAGCACAGCCAAAGAGGAACUGACCUGCAGUGCCCGGCUGACUGUACGGCCCUCGCUGGCGCCCCUCUUCACCCGGCUGCUGGAAGAUGUGGAGGUGCUAGAGGGUCGCGCCGCCCGCCUUGACUGCAAGAUCAGUGGGACCCCACCGCCCUCUGUUUUCUGGACUCAUUUUGGCCGCCAGGUAGAGGAGAGUGACAACUUGCGGCUUCGGCAGGAUGGGGGUCUGCACUCACUGCACAUUGCCCACGUGAGCAGCGAGGAUGAGGGGCUCUAUGCAGUCAGUGCCACCAACACCCAUGGCCAGGCCCACUGCUCUGCGCAGCUGUAUGUGGAGGAGCCGAGGACAGCUGCCUCAGGGCCCAGCUCAAAGCUGGAGAAGAUGCCCUCCAUCCCUGAGGAGCCAGAGCAGGGCGAGCUGGAGCGGCUGUCCAUUCCUGACUUCCUGCGGCCACUGCAGGACCUGGAGGUGGGACUGGCUAAGGAGGCCAUGCUGGAGUGCCAGGUGACUGGCCUGCCCUACCCUACCAUCAGUUGGUUCCACAAUGGCCACCGCAUCCAGAGCAGCGAUGACCGGCGCAUGACACAGUAUAGGGAUGUACAUCGCCUGGUGUUUCCGGCUGUGGGGUCUCAGCAUGCAGGUGUCUACAAGAGUGUCAUCGCCAACAAGCUGGGCAAAGCUGCCUGUUAUGCCCACCUCUAUGUCACAGAUGUGGUUCCAGGACCUCCAGACGGUGCCCCACAGGUGGUAGCUGUGACUGGGAGGAUGGUCACACUCAUGUGGAACCCCCCCAGGAGUCUGGACAUGGCCAUCGACCCAGACUCCCUGAUGUACACGGUGCAGCACCAGGUGCUGGGCUCUGACCAGUGGACAGCGCUGGCCACAGGUCUGCGGGAGCCCGGGUGGGCAGCCAUGGGGCUGCGAAAGGGACUCCAGCAUGUCUUCCGGGUCCUCAGCACUAGUGGCAAGAGCAGCAGCAAGCCCUCGCCCCCCUCCGAGCCCGUACAGCUGCUGGAGCGAGGGCUGCCCCUGGAGGAGGCCCCUGCUGUGCUGGACAAACCAGAUGUCGUGUAUGUGGUAGAGGGACAGCCGGCCAGUGUCACUGUCACCUUUACCCACGUGGAGGCCCAGGUCAUCUGGAGGAGCUGCCGAGGGGCCCUCCUGGAGGAACGGGCAGGUGUGUAUGAACUGAGCCAGCCAGAUGACGACCAGUACUGCCUUCGGAUCUGCCGGGUGAGCCGCCGGGAUGUGGGGCCCCUCACCUGCUCAGCCCGCAAUCGCCAUGGCACUCAGGCUUGCUCAGUCACACUGGAGCUGGCGGAGGCUCCAAGAUUUGAGUCCAUCAUGGAGGACGUGGAGGUGGGGGCUGGGGAGACUGCUCGCUUCGCUGUGGUGGUUGAGGGGAAGCCAGUGCCAGACAUCAUGUGGUACAAGGAUGAGGUGCUGCUUGCUGAGAGCAGCCAUGUGAGCUUCGUGUACGAGGAGAACGAGUGCUCCUUGGUGGUGCUCAGCACAGGGGCCCAGGAUGGAGGUGUCUACACCUGCACGGCCCGGAACAUGGCGGGCGAAGUCUCCUGCAAAGCAGAGUUGGCUGUGCAUUCAGCUCAGACAGCUAUGGAGGUUGAGGGGGUUGGGGAAGACGAGGAGCAUCGAGGAAGGAGACUCAGCGACUUUUACGACAUCCACCAGGAGAUCGGCAGGGGUGCCUUCUCCUACCUGCGGCGUGUGGUGGAACGUAGCUCCGGCCUGGAGUUUGCAGCCAAGUUCAUCCCCAGCCAGGCCAAGCCCAAGGCAUCAGCGAGGCGGGAGGCUCGGCUGUUGGCCCGGCUGCAGCACGACUGUGUCCUCUACUUCCAUGAGGCCUUUGAGAGGCGCCGGGGACUGGUCAUUGUCACCGAGCUCUGCACAGAGGAGCUGCUGGAGCGAAUGGCUAGGAAACCCACCGUGUGUGAGUCCGAGAUCCGGGCCCAUAUGCGACAGGUGCUACAGGGAAUAUGCUACCUGCACCAGAACCAUGUGCUGCACCUGGAUGUCAAGCCUGAGAACCUGCUGAUAUGGGACGGCUCAGCGGGUGAAGAGCAGGUUCGCAUCUGUGACUUUGGAAACGCCCAGGAGCUGAUCCUAGGGGAGCCCCAGUACUGUCAGUAUGGAACACCUGAGUUUGUGGCACCAGAGAUUGUCAACCAGAGCCCCGUGUCUGGAGUCACUGACAUCUGGCCUGUGGGUGUCAUUGCUUUCCUCUGCCUGACUGGAAUCUCCCCAUUUGUUGGGGAAAAUGAUCGGACAACAUUGAUGAACAUCCGGAACUACAAUGUGGCCUUCGAGGAGACCACGUUCCUGAGCCUGAGCAGAGAGGCUCGGGGCUUCCUCAUCAAAGUGCUGGUGCAGGACCGGCUGAGGCCUACUGCUGAGGAGACCCUAGAACAUCCUUGGUUCAAAACACAAGCAAAGGGUGCAGAGGUGAGCACAGAUCACCUGAAGCUCUUCCUGUCCCGGCGGAGGUGGCAGCGCUCUCAAAUCAGCUACAAAUGCCACCUGGUGCUGCGUCCCAUCCCAGAGCUGCUGCGGGCGCCGUCGGAGAGGGUGUGGGUAGCCACGCCCAGAAGACCGCCUCUAAGCGGGGGCCUUUCAUCCUCCUCUGACUCGGAAGAGGAAGAGCUGGAGGAGCUGCCCUCGGUGCCCCGCCCCCUGCAGCCCGAGUUCUCAGGGUCUAGGGUAUCCCUCACCGACAUUCCCACUGAGGAUGAGGUCCUGGGGACCCCGGAGGCCGGGGCUGCCACCCCCAUGGACUGGCAAGAGCAGGGAAGGGCUCCCUCUCAGGACCAGGAGGCCCCCAGCCUCCAGGCCCUCCCCUCUCCAGGCCAGGAGUUCCCCGCUGGGCCCAGCCCCAGGCGAGGAGAGCUCCGCAGGGGCAGCUCCGCGGAGAGCGCCCUGCCCCGGGCUGGGCCAAGGGAGCCGGGCCGGAGCCUGCACAAGGCGGCGUCUGUGGAGCUGCCGCAACGCAGGAGCCCCAGCCCGGGGGCCACCCGCCUGGCCCGGGGUGGCCUGGGCGAGGGCGAGUACGCCCAGAGGCUGCAGGCCCUGCGCCAGCGGCUGCUGCGGGGAGGCCCUGAGGAUGGCAAGGUCAGCGGCCUCAGGGGUCCCCUGCUGGAGAGCCUGGGGGGCCGUGUGCGGGACCCUCGGAUGGCUCGGGCUGCCUCCAGCGAAGCAGCGCCCCAUCACCAGCCCCCACCCGAGGCACCAGGGCUGCAAAAAAGCAGCAGCUUCUCCCAGGGUGAGGCGGAGCCCCGGGGUCGGCACCGCCGCGCGGGGGCGCCCCUCGAAAUUCCCAUAGCCAGGCUUGGGGCUCGCAGGCUCCAGGAGUCUCCCUCCCUGUCUGCCCUGAGCGAGGCCCAGCCGCCCAGCCCUGCGCGGGCCAGCACCCCCAAAUCCAGUACCCCUAAGCCUGCGGAACCUUCCGCCACCGCCACGGCCAGCAAACCUCCCCAGCCCUCCGAACCCCAGCCUGCCCCGGAGAAGGCCCGGGAGCCCACACCGGAACCAGUGCGAGCCCCCAAGCCGGCACAGCCCCCCGUGGUUCCGCAGACCCUGGCGCUGCCCCUCACUCCCUAUGCCCAGGUCAUGCAGUCGCUCCAGCUGGCGGGUCACACCCAGCCCCCGCAGGGCCCGGCAGCACCUGCGUCAGAGCCCCAGCCCCACGCCGCAGUGUUUGCCAGGGUGGCCUCCCCGACUCCAGGAGGUCCUGAGAAGCGCGUGCCUUCCGCCAAGGCUGCUCCGGUGGUAGCUGAGAAAGCCCGGAUCCCCACGGUCCCCCGCAGGCCAGGGAGCAGCCUGAGCAGCAGCAUCGAGAACCUGGAGUCUGAGGCCGUGUUCGAGGCCAAGUUCAAGCACAGCCGCGAGUCAGCCCUGUCCCGCGGGCUCCGGCUGCUCAGCCGCUCACGCUCUGAGGAGCGCGGCCCCUUCCGCGGAGCCGAGGACGAGGACGGCAUCUACCGGCCCAGCCCGGCGGGAACCCCGCUGGAGCUGGUGCGCCGGCCCGAGCGCUCGCGCUCCGUGCAGGACCUCAGGGCUGCCGGGGAGCCGGGCCUGGUCCGCCGGCUCUCGCUGUCGCUGUCCCAGAGGCUGCGGCGGACACCGCCCGCGCAGCGCCACCCGGCCUGGGAGACCCGCGGCACAGACGGGGAGAGCUCCGAGGGCGGCAGCUCGGCGCGGGGCUCCCCAGUGCUGGCGGUGCGCCGGAGGCUCGGCUCCACGUUGGAGCGGCUGUCCAGCCGGCUGCAGCGCACUGGCAGCAGUGAGGACUCUGGGGGUGGCUCGGGUCGUAGCACGCCUCUCUUCGGACGGCUGCGCAGGGCUACGUCGGAGGGAGAGAGCUUGCGACGCCUGGGCAUUCCGCACAACCAGCUGGCUUCUCAGGCCAGUGCCACCACUCCUUCCGCCGAGUCUCUGGGCUCUGAGGCCAGCGCUACUUCGGGGUCCUCAGCUGCAGGGGAAAGCCGGAGCCGGCUCCGCUGGGGCCUCUCACGCCUGCGGAAGGACAAGGGCUUAUCUCAACCAAACCUCUCUGCCAGUGUCCAAGAGGACUUGGGUCACCAGUAUGUGCCCAGUGAGUCAGACUUCCCUCCAGUCUUCCACAUCAAACUCAAGGAUCAGGUGCUGUUGGAGGGGGAGGCAGCCACCCUGCUCUGCCUGCCCGCAGCCUGCCCUGCACCCCGCAUCUCCUGGAUGAAAAAUAAGCAGUCCCUGCAGUCAGAGCCCUCGGUGGUCAUUGUGUCCUGCAAAGACGGACGGCAGCUGCUGAGUAUCCCCCGGGCGGGCAAGCGGCAUGCUGGGCUCUAUGAGUGCUCAGCCACCAACGUCCUAGGCAGCAUCACAAGCUCCUGUACCGUGGCCGUGGCCCGUGUUCCAGGAAAGCUAGCUCCUCCCGAGGUGCCCCAGACCUACCAGGAUACCGCGCUGGUCUUGUGGAAGCCAGGAGACAGCCGGGCACCUUGCACUUACACGCUGGAGCGGCGGGUGGAUGGGGAGUCUGCCUGGCACCCAGUGACCUCAGGCAUCCCUGACUGUUACUACAAUGUGACAAAGCUGCCAGUUGGUGUGACUGUGAGGUUCCGUGUGGCAUGUGUCAACCGUGCUGGGCAGGGGCCCUUCAGCAACCCUUCUGAGAAGGUCCUUGUCAGGAGCACCCAAGAGUCUUCAGCCCAGCCAUCUGCUGCUUAUGAAGACGGUCCUGUUACCUCAGGGCCAGCCAGGGCCCCGCCUGACUUGCCUACCUCACUGGCCUCGAUCCCUACUCCUGCUCCUCCAGCCCCCCAGUCAGCUGCUCUCAGCCCCUCAUCUUCCCCCACAGCCCCUAGCCAGGCUUUGUCCUCACUUAAGGCUGUAGGUCCAGCACCCCAAACUCCCCCACGAAAGCACAGGGGUCUUCAGGCUGCUCAGCAAGCACAGCCCACCCCACCCAGUGCCCAGGUCACCCCAAGGGAGCCCAAGUCUUUCACCUCUGACACUAGGACCCCAACCCCAGCCUCCACCCCUCAAGGAGUUAAACCAGCUCCUUCCUCCUCUACUGCCCUCUAUAUGGUGACUUCCUUUGUGUCUGCACCCCCAGCCCCUGAACCCCCAGCCCCUGAGCCCCCUCCUGAGCCCACCAAGGUGAUAGUGCGGAGCCUCAGCCCAGCCAAGGAGAUGGUCAGCUCCCCCGGGCCUGAGGGGACCACUCUUCGCCAGGGCCUCCCUCAGAAACCCUACACCUUCCUGGAGGAGAAGGCCAGGGGCCGCUUUGGUGUUGUGCGAGCAUGCAGGGAGAAUGCCACGGGCCGAACAUUCAUGGCCAAGAUCGUGCCCUAUGCGGCUGAGGGCAAGCGGCGGGUCCUGCAGGAAUACGAAGUGCUGCGGUCACUGCACCACGAGAGGCUCAUGUCCCUGCAUGAGGCCUACAUCACCCCUCGGUACCUCGUGCUCAUCGCUGAGAGCUGCGGCAACCGGGAACUCCUCUGUGGGCUCAGUGACAGAUUUCGGUAUUCAGAAGAUGAUGUGGCCACUUACGUGGUGCAGCUGCUACAAGGCCUGGACUACUUGCACAGCCGCCACGUGCUCCACCUGGACAUCAAGCCCGACAACUUGCUUCUGGGCCCUGACAACGCCCUCAAGAUCGUGGACUUUGGCAGCGCUCAGCCCUACAACCCCCAGGCCCUGCGGCCCCUUGGCCACCGCACAGGCACCCUGGAGUUCAUGGCUCCUGAGAUGGUGAAGGGAGAACCCAUCGGCUCUGCUACAGACAUCUGGGGCGCAGGUGUGCUCACCUACAUCAUGCUCAGUGGACACUCUCCAUUCUAUGAGACAGACCCCCAGGAAACAGAGGCUCGGAUUGUGGGGGGCUGCUUUGAUGCCUUCCAGCUGUACCCCAACACAUCCCAGAGCGCCACCCUCUUCUUGCGAAAGGUCCUCUCAGUACAUCCCUGGAGCCGGCCCUCCCUGCAGGACUGCCUUGCCCACCCGUGGCUGCAGGAUGCCUACCUGAUGAAGCUGCGUCGCCAGACGCUUACCUUUACCACCAACCGGCUCAAGGAGUUCCUGGGCGAGCAGCGGCGGCGCAGGGCUGAGGCUGCCACCCGCCACAAGGUGCUGCUCCGCUCCUACCCCAGCAGCCCUUAGCAGCAUGGACCACACCCUGCGGCGGCUUCGGGCUGAGACUCGGGGUUCCCACUGAUGCCGCAGGACAUUCCAGGGCCCAUGCUGAGCCGGGUGGGCCUGGGGCUUCGGACACCACCAGCAGCAACAUCUGGCCAGGCUAUUACCUCAUGGACCUGAGGGGAUGGACGCCCAGGGGCUUCGGCCUGAUGCCACCCCUGGCCAGAGCCAGAGCAGGAGGCCCUUGGCUAGGCUGGGCAGGGGUGGAAACAGGAAGAGGGGCAACAAGGGAAUGGGAGAGUGAAGAGGAAGGGCAAGCCACCCAGGGAUAGGGAGGGGAGACUUUAGGAAGGUUCUAGGGGUGGGGGGCACAGUGCAUCUCAGGGAGAACCCAGGAGGGUGAGUGGCUGGAGAGAAGGAAGAGGAAGGAGCUCGGUGUCAGGGCUGGGAAUGUAUCAGUGAGGCAGGGACAGGACACAGAAAAAGUGCCAGGGAGGGAGCCAGGAUGUGAGCGAGGGCAGUGAGGUGGGGAGAGGAGAGCAGGUGCAGGGGGAGUGGGGUGGGCCAGCAGCCGGCCAGCCGGCAUCCCCAGGAGAAAUAGAAAUACAGAGAGAUGCAAGCAAGUGGGCACUGAAGCUGGAUCUCCUCCUGUGCCAAUGGAUGCAGCUCUGGGCACUCCAUGGUGGCCCAGGGAUGUCCCCACCAUCCCUCCAUGGCCUUUGCCCUUCUUCCUAUUCAUAUUUAUUUAUUUAUUGCCUCCUAUGAAGUUUUCCCUUCCAUCCAAUCCCUCUUGCCCGUGUUGCCCUGACCCCCACCCCAGCCAUCCAGCUGUCUGUGCAACUCUCUGUCUGUCACAAGGAAAGUAAAACCGGCGAGCAGCAGAA